UCCCCAUCCACUCAACCGGCAGCGCUCCCAGAAGAACUCCCCAAAUAAUAUCCAGCCGCCUAUCCCAAGACCACAACCAAUAGACGAUUGCCAAUACAGCGUAACGAGCUACCACCCAGACCGAACUCGACCAAGGCAGUUUCCAUAUCUAAAAACUUGCGAACAUGUUCUCCAUACUCGGAUUUCUCAUGGUGCUUGUUGCGUUCCCAAGCACCCUAAUCGCCCAACAAAACAACAACAACAGCAACAGGGUUACCUGCUUCAAGUCCCAGUACACCGGGCUUGAUGUAAACCACUGUCGCCGAGCUCUCCGCAACAUUGUGUAUGACUCGAAUGGACGCUUGGAUAGCCUUUCCAGCACGGUUUUCACUUGGCAUCAAAGUUGUGUCAUCAAUAUCCAGAAGCUGCAACAAAACCAACCUACUAGACAGUGGGUCGAAGCUACGGUUCUGGCAAUUGCGAACACCUGUCGUCCAUCCGGAGGAAUUCGAAAGUACCCGGACGGCACCCAGGCACAAGUCUAUCGCUCCACGGCCAGCAAUGUCUAUAAUGUUAACCAGCCCAGGUGUCAACAGCGGGUCUGUAACUUUCAACCCAAUGACUGUUUACUUGCCCUCAACCAACUCCCCGUUGACCAGAAGGGCAACUUCAAUGUUCAAAACACAAAUGCCCCAUUCUCUAAGGCUACCUGGGGCAAUUGCACUGUACUCAUGCAAACCACCGAUUCUUCUAACUUCCGCACCUCUCACCCCGAAGUGAAUCCUUCCUUCAAGCGUAUUUUGAACCAGUGUGGCUCUCGCCCUGGAUCAAUCUAUAUCAGCGGUGGUACGGCAGGCAACAAUGGCGAUGUUCGUUUAUCAACGCAAGGCUCGAACUGUUGAACCCCAGGAUUACGAUCAAGAAGGAUUGAGAAAACCCCUUGCUCUGGAACAUCAGGCUAGGCGAAAAUCGCCAUGAAAAAGUAGAAUGAAGAAAAUAUGUUGGAUUUACAAUCGGGUUUUUGAUUUCUUUAUAUUUAAACAUAUCAGUACAAUUUUUCCACAAUGUUAUGAUUCAUUAUGAUUUAAAAAAAAACAUGGAUGUAAUGUAAAGUUUCUGGCAGUGAUAAUAGUGAUAAUGAAUUUGUAAAAAGUUAAUGUGUUUAGUUGUAUCUCGUUUGGCUAGAUAUUCAAUUUAUUCACAAAAAUAAACUGGAAUCAAAUCAAAUUAAAAGGCUC